AUGGCACCGGCUGACAUCAACAUCGGCUCCAGCACCACGCCUUCAAUUCCUGCUAGCAUACAAGUCUCUUCACCGCAGUCUACCAUUCCCUGUGCCCAGGAGCAUACAUCGUCGUCGACCAAUAAUGGAUCCACACCCAAUGGCGAGCUCCAUAUCGUCGGCCCAGACGCAAGCUCCGUGUCUGGAGCACCUCCGGCUGCCAGCGGUACACACGAGGUUGUUGCGCCCACUAUGCCCUCCAUCCCCUCCACAUAUCCCCCACCGCCACCUGGCAUUGCCGAUUGUCCUGCUGCCGUCAGCAACAAAGUCAUCGAGACCGAGAUUUUGAUUGUCGGUGCCGGCCCCUCGGGCGCCUCACUUGCUUGUUUUCUUGCCGAGUAUGGCUUGAAAGGUAUCAUUAUCAGCGCGGCGCCCGGCACAGCCAACACGCCGCGCGCACACAUUACCAACAUUGCCGCGCUCGAGUGCUUGCGCGACAUCGGCCUCGACGCGGCUCUCAAGCAGGUGUCGUCCGAAGGCAGCUGCAUGAUGCACACGCGCUGGUGCCACAGCAUGGCCGGUGCCGAAUACGCCCGCAUCUACUCCUGGGGCAACGACCCUAAGCGGAAGGGCGAUUAUGAGUCGGCGAGUCCCUGUGCGCCUAUGGACCUGCCACAAACGCUGCUGGAGCCUGUGCUCGUGCGGCAUGCCACCCAUGCCGGCUACAAAAUGCGUUUUGACACUGCUCUCCUCGGAUUCACCAGGGACACUACCACAGGCAUGUACACGGCGACACUGAGGGACAAGUUGGCCAAUGUCGAAUACCGUGUGUGCACCAAGUACAUCUUUGGUGCAGACGGUGCGCAGAGCCAGGUCGUCAAGCAGCUGGACCUGCCGCUCAUCAAGAAACCCGGCCAGGGCCUGGCCGUCAACGUACUCGUGCGCGCCGACAUGUCGCACUUGGUGGACGCCCGCCGGGGCAACCUGCACUGGGUCAUGCAGCCGGACCGAGAGCACCCGGCUUUUGGCUGGAUGGGCCUUGUACGCAUGGUUAAGCCGUGGCACGAGUGGAUGUUCAUUCUCUUUCCGAGUCGCGAUGUCGACGGCGCCGACAACUUCGAAUCCUUGUCGAAGACGACCAACGAGGAGUACCUGGCCCGCGUGCGCGGCUUUAUCGGUGACGACACGCCUGCCGAGAUUCUGAAUGUCAGCAAGUGGUACAUCAACGAGAUUGUCGCCGAGACCUACUCGGUCGGCAACGUCUUCUGCCUCGGCGACGCCGUCCACCGCCACCCGCCCAUGAACGGCCUGGGAUCGAACACCUGUAUUCAAGACGCCUUCAACCUCGCCUGGAAAGUCGCCUAUGUGCACAAUGGCUUGGCCGGCCCGCAGCUGCUCGACACGUACAGUGUCGAGCGCCAGCCUGUCGGCAAAGGCAUCAUCACGCGCGCCAACCAGGGCUUCCGCGACCAUUACAAUGUCUGGGAGGCCCUGGGCGCGCUGCCCAGAACGGUCAAAGACCGGCGGGCCGUUCUGGACGAACUCGAGGCGCCCACCCCGGCCGGGCAAGCUCGCCGCAACACGCUGCGCCAAGCCAUUCAUCACACAACCCAUGAGUUCAAUGGCCUGGGUAUCGAGAUGAACCAGCACUACAGCGGCCAGGGAAUCUAUGUCGCCGACGAGAGCGAGGCCUGGACGCUGCCCGGCCGUGCUGCCGUCGACCCCAUCUUGUACCACGAGCCCAACACGUACCCGGGCAGCCGCCUGCCCCACGUCUGGCUCAACCACGGCGCCAUUCCGUCCGCCAAGCCCACCUCCACCAUUGACAUCGCCGGCCACGGCAAGUUUGUGCUGUUCACGGGCAUCGGCGGCGACGCCUGGCAUGGUGCGGCGUCUCGCGUGUCCGAGGCCCUGGGCGGCGUUCCCCUCCACGUGCACACUGUCGGCUUCCGCCAGCAGUGGGAGGACUUCUACUUUGCCUGGGCCGAACUGCGCGGCGUCGGCGAGUCGGGCGCUGUGCUGGUGCGCCCGGACCGCUUUGUUGCGUGGCGUGCACAAGAGGUGGCCGGCGACGAGGCGGCGUGUGCGGCCAAGCUGGCGACGGUGAUGCGAUCUAUUCUGGGUCUGUAG